GCAGGAGGUACCAUGGUUCCCCCCAGACCCAGUGGAACCAUAGCCAAGUCCAGGGCGACUCGUCCUGGGUACGGCCUCUGCCUCUACCCCCCCUGUCUGCUGCUGCCACUGCUGCUGCUCACGUCCCUGCCCAACCUCUCUGAGGCCGUGGGUAAGUAACACACCACAGAUAUACCGUAUGUUUGUGUGGGUGUGUUAGUUCAUGUGUCUGUCUAUCUGUAAGACUGCCAGUUGGUUUAGAUAUUUAGGUGUAGGUUUGUCAGUUUGUCUAAAUGGCUGUCUGUGCAUCUACUGUAUCUCUCUCUCUCUCUCUCUCUCUCUCUCUCUCUCUCUCUCUCUCUCUCUCUCUCUCUCUCUCCCCCCUCCCUCCCUUCCUCCCUCCCUCCCUCUCUGCUGACCGACAGCUGUAACAGUGAGUUGUGUUGGUCAGCGCUAGCUGCAGUGAGUGGUGACGUGGUUUUGGGGUGAAGGUGCACAGAUGACGAUCUGUCUGUCUACCUGUCUAUUUCUGCAGUGAUAGGUGUUUCACAAGAUCUGUCAGGACCAUGGUGGUUUUAAUGCACUGAUAAAUGGUGAACACACGUCAGCACAUACUCAAUCUUCACCUUUAUCAAAGCAACAAGGGAACAUAGAACACAUCUAAUUUUAACCCUGCAACACUGAAAACGCUACGGAAGUAUGUGGCAUUCAAGAACAUAAAUAGUUUUCAACACACUGGUGAGUAGUGAGGGGUUGUCAGCACGGACUCAGUCAAUCAUCACAUUUAGGCUACUGUAUGAAAGCAUGUCUUGAUAUGUCUUACAGUUCUAACAUGCUGACUAGACCAGGCACGCGCAUGCGUCUUCUGGCACCAUCGCGCGCAUGUUGAUUUUUGUCCAUCCACACCAGAAGUGAUCAGGACACACAGGUUGAAAUAUCAAAACAAACUCUGAACCAGCUAUAUUAAUUUGGGGACAGGUCAAAGCACAUGAAAUAUGCAUGGCCAUUUAGUUAGCUAGCUUGCUGUUGCUAGCUAAUUUGUCCUGGGAUAUAAACAUUGGGUUGUUUUUUUUACCUGAAAUGCACAAGUUCCUUUUUUUCUGGAUCUUUGAAGAAUUUUGACCUAUUUUCACACAAAAUCGUGUGUUCUCUACUCCGACAAUUAAUCCACAGAUAAAAGGGGAAACCUAGUUAGUUUCUAGUAAUCUCUCCUCCUUCAGUCUUCUUAUAAUUCUUCUUCUUCUUCUGUGGACUUUAUAUGGCGGUUGGCAACCAACUUUAAGGUACAUUACCACCACCACCUGACUGGAGUGUGGACCAAAGUUCAUCUUUCAAUCACCCAUGUGGGUAUAUGCUCCUAAAAACCAAUGAGGAGAUGGGAGAGGCGGGACUUGCAGUGUGUCAAGCGUCAAAAAUAGAGCUAAGUUCUACUUUAGUGCCUGGUAACAUAGACGCUCGUUGAUGAGCGAAAGCAGUUUGGAUGAAAUUAUUGAAUAACAUAUAAGGGUACAUUUAUUUUUCAACGCUCUUGCAAUUUAACGCGAGCGGUGUGGUCAGCAUGUUAGAUAAAGGAGAGUGUUUUACAUAGAGGUAUUACCUAGAGGUGUUAACAUAUUUUCCUUUAUUAUUUUCCCCUAACCCUACCACCCCUCCCCUAAUUGGAGUAAACUAAUGGACAACAACACUUAGGCUUCUACUUCCAGCUUAUACAUACUAUAUACAUUUUAUUGGACAUUUACAGGUGUUAACUUAUUUCAGUUAACACUGCUAACAGUGUUGCUCUGUGACACAAAGAAGAUAGCGACCCAAAUAACAGCCCCAAAAUAGCUGUCAUAUUUCUAACACUUAUGGAGUGCCCAUGAUAAUAUUUGUUAUGGUUGAUAUCCUUAAUUGUUAUGGCUAGGACCCUGAAUUUUCUGUGACCAUGUAACCUGACCAGGAACAACUCUGGGCCAUAGUUAUAGGUCACUACUGUAAUUGGAUUUACAGUGGAACGGUUUGAUCUGGUCAGACUUGUCCAGACAGGUCUAAUUUCCUGCAUGCAGCCGUAGAGGGGGUGAUGCACAUCUCCACAUUACACAUACAGUUGAAGUCAGAAGUUUACAUACACCUUAGCCAAAUACAUUUAAACUCAGUUUUUCACAAUUCCUGACAUUUAAUCCUAGUAAAAAUUCCCAGUCUUAGGUCAGUUAGGAUCACCACUUUAUUUUAAGAAUGUGAAAUGUCUGAAUAAUAGUAGAGAAAAUGAUUUAUUUCAGCUUUUAUUUCUUUCAUCACAUUCCCAGUGGGUCAGAAGUAUUUGGUAGCAUUGCCUUUAAAUUGUUUAACUUGGGUCUAACAUUUCGGUUAGCCUUCCACAAGCUUCCCACAAUAAAUUGGGUGAAUUUAGGCCCAUUCCUCCUGACAGAGCUGGUGUAACUGAGUCAGGUUUGUAGGCCUCCUUGCUUGCACAUGCUUUUUCAGUUCUGCCCACAAUCUUUCUAUAGGAUUGAGGUCAGGGCUUUGUGAUGGCCACUCCAAUACCCUGACUUUGUUGUCCUUAAGCUAUUUUGCCACAACUUUGGAAGUAUGCUUGGGGUCAUUGUCCAUUUGGAAGAACCAUUUGCGACCAAGCUUUAACUUCCUGACUGAUGUCUUGAGAUGUUGCUUCAACAUAUCCACAUAAUUUUCCUUCCUCAUGAUGCCAUCUAUUUUGUGAAGUGCACCAGUCCCUCCUGCAGCAAAGCAGCCCCACAACAUGAUGCUGCCACCCCUGUGCUUCACGUUUGGGAUGGUGUUCUUCGGCUUGCAAGAUACCCCCUUUUUCCUCCAAACAUAACGAUGGUCAUUAUGGCCAAACAGUUCUAUUUUUGUUUCAACAGACCAGAGGACAUUUCUCCAAAAAGUACGAUCUUUGUCCCCAUGUGCAGUUGCAAACCGUAGUCUGGCUUUUUUUAUGGUGGUUUUGGAGCAGUGUCUUCUUCCUUGCUGAGCGGCCUUUCAGGUUAUGUCGAUAUAUGGCUUGUUUUACUGUGGAUAUAGAUACUUUUGUACCUGUUUCCUCCAGCAUCUUCACAAGGUCCUUUGUUGUUGUUCUGGGAUUGAUUUGCACUUUUCGCACCAAAGUAUGUUCAUCUCUAGGAGACAGAACGUGUCUCCUUCCUGAGCGGUAUGACGGCUGUGUUGUCCCAUGGUGUUUAUACUCGCGUACUAUUGUUUGUACAGAUGAACGUGGUACCAUCAGGCAUUUGGAAAUAGCUCCCAAGGAUGAACCAGACUUGUGGAGGUCUACAAUUCUUUUUCUGAGGUCUUGGCUGAUUUCUUUUGAUUUCCCCAUGAUGUCAAGCAAAGAGGCACUGAGUUUGAAGGUAGUCCUUGAAAUACAUCCACAGGUACACCUCCAAUUGACUCAAAUGAUGUCAAUUAGCCUAUCAGAAGCUUCUAAAGCCAUGACAUAAUUUUCUGGAAUUUUCCAAGCUGUUUAAAGGCACAGUCAACUUAGUGUAUGUAAACUUCUGACCCACUGGAAUUGUAAUACAGUGAAUUAUAAGUGAAAUAAUCUGUCUGUAAACAAUUGUUGGAAGAAUUACUUGUGUCAUGCACAAAGUAGAUGUCCUAACCGACUUGCCAAAACUAUAGUUUGUUAACAGGAAUUUUGUGGAGUGGUUGAAAAACUAGUUUUAUUGACUCCAACCUAAGUGUAUGUAAUCUUCCGACUUCAACUGUACCUAUCACUGCUAUUAAAUAAUCAUAGCCUUGUGGUGUUUCAUUAAGAUAGGCCAGAGAUAUUAGUCUAUCAUUAUAUCCUGCUGUCAGCCAUGGAGUGAAGGAGUGAAGUCCACUCUGCUCGCUUUUAAAGAGACAGACAACCUUCUUGAAUAUCCUCAUAGAAUUCCAUAUCAUUCUAAGGAAGGCCAGUGGUGGAUCUGGUUCUCGAUGUCUGGGUUUAUUAUAGAUCCAUGGAACCAGAACCAAAGGCUCCAACCUGGUUCAGAAUGCAGUCAGAGGCCAGUAGUGGUCAUAUAAAUAGAAUUGGUUCUGGUGUGCUGUGGCAGUAACACACCAGUAAUCACCUCUUCGAAAGUGACAGUGCAGAAAUGUAAACCGAUGUUGAAUGUGAAUUCAACCCCCUUACACAGCUCCACAAAGUAGUGCAACACUUCACAACUAACAGUGUAUGGUGUGUGCCGUGUGUGUAUGGUUGAAAGGCUACAAUAAUACACUGUUUUUUUUAGACAAGGUAUUGUUGAGGUUUCUGGAUUUCUGCUCAGGCACAUCACCUCGCAGCUCAGAGGUAGGCUGGCUGCUGUGUGACUGUUACUCACUGAAGUGUGAAGUUAGCAGCAGAGGGAUGAAAGGCAGAGUGCUUUUCUGUCUGUCAGUGAUUUUAGGGGGUAUGGUGGUGGGGUUUCUUCAGCUUCUCUUUCUCUCUAGAGUAGAACCAAAUCAGCACAGCGCUGGCCCAGUGAUGGAGAGAGGGAGGAGGGAGAGAGGGAGGUUGCUAUGGUGAGGGUUAGGCCGGCUUUACCCUGAUGGAUAGAACGUAUUCUGCAGCUGAGGAGGAGUUAAGCUGGCUGCCAUGGUAACAGUCCGCAGACACAGAGGGACAGAACUCUCUGUAUGUGAGAGAGAGAAGAUGAACAUUUAUGAAGUAGCUUGACAAGAUUGGAUUUUUAGCACAGUGGAGAUGUAUGGAUACUGUGCCUGAAACUGAUUUUUAUUUGCAGUUUCUAGUAAGCAUACAGUAUAGAGAAAAUGAAAUUGUUUUUGCUCCCAGAGAAACAGGCAGCAGCUGAUAUAUUUGAUAAGACGGAGCUAUAUGAAUGUUUCUAAGGCAAUAUAACAUUUUAUAAUAUAAUACUUUAUAAGAAGGUUCUUCAAGUAAAUGUCACGAUCGUUUAAUGACUGGUUGAACCAAGGCGCAGCGUGAUAAGCGUACAUGUUUAUUUAAGUACUGAACAUGACAAAACAACAAACAAACGAUACGUGAAGUCUUAAGGUUACACAAACAAACCUAUACAGAACAAGAUCCCACAAACUAACUGGUGCCAACAGGCUGCCUAAGUAUGGUCCCCAAUCAGAGACAAUGAGCUACAGCUGCCUCUGAUUGGGAACCACCCUGGCCAACAUAGAUCUAAACGAUCUAGAACUAAACAUAGAAAAACACAACAUAACACGGAAUAUACACACCCUGACUCAACAAAUCAACGUCCCCUGAGUCAGGGCGUGACAGUAAAGGAGAUACUGUAUAUAGUAUGAAUGAAAUAAUGUAUGCAAUCUCUAAAUUCUUGUUCUCAAAAUGGCAUUUCUGUUUCAUUGUGAUUCACUGCAGGGGCUGAAAAUGGCAUGUGUGAUAUGAAUACGUUAAAGCAGGGAUGGGCAACUGGUGGAUACAUUUCCCCAAGAAUUAUAUAUAUACAGUGGGGGAAAAAAGUAUUUAGUCAGCCACCAAUUGUGCAAGUUCUCCCACUUAAAAAGAUGAGAGAGGCCUGUAAUUUUCAUCAUAGAUACACGUCAACUAUGACAGACAAAAUGAGGAAAAAAAUUCCAGAAAAUCACAUUGUAGGAUUUUUUAUGAAUUUAUUUGCAAAUUAUGGUGGAAAAUAAGUAUUUGGUCAAUAACAAAAGUUUCUCAAUAGUUUGGAAAAUAAGUAGUUGACGUGUACCUAUGAUGAAAAUUACAGGCCUCUCUCAUCUUUUUAAGUGGGAGAACUUGCACAAUUGGUGGCUGACUAAAUACUUUUUUUCCCCACUGUACAGUGCUAUGAAAAAGUAUUUGCCCCCUUUCUAAUUUUCUCUACUUUUGCAUAUUUGUGAUACUGAAUGUUAUCAGAUCUUCAACCAAAACCUAUAAUUAGAUAAAGGCAACAUAACUGAACAAAUAACACAACAAUUACAUAUUUAUUUCAUAAACAAAGUUAUGCAACACCCAAUUCCCCUGUGUGAAAAAGUAAUCGCCCCCUUACACUCAAUAACUGGUUGUGCCACCUUUAGCUGCAAUGACUCCAACCAAAUGCUUCCUGUAGUUGUUGAUCAGUCUCUCACGUCGCUGUGGAGGAAUUUUGGCCCACUCUUCCAUGCAGAACUGCUUUAACUCAGUGACGUGUGGGUUUUCAAGCAUGAACUGCUCGUUUCAAGUCCUGCCACAACAUCUCAAUUGGGGUUAGGUCUGGACUUUGACUAGGCCAUUCCCAAAUUUCCAAUGUGUUGCUUUUUAGCAAUUUUCAUGUAGACUUGAUUGUCUGUUUUGGAUCAUUGUCUUGCUGCAUGACCCAGCUGCACUUCAGCUUCAGCUCACAGACGGAUGGUCUGACAUUCUCCUGUAGAAUUCUCUGAUACAAAGCAGAAUUCAUGGUUCCUUCUAUUAAGGCAAGUCGUCCAGGUCCUGAGGCAGCAAAGCAUCCCCAAACCAUCACACCACCACCACCAUGCUUGACCUUUGGUAUGAUGUUCUUACUGUGGAAUGCAGUGUUUGGUUUUCGCAGGCAUAAUGGGACCCAUCUCGUCCAAAAAGUGGACUCAAGUUUGCCAAAAAGCACCUGGAUGAUCAUCAAGACUCUUGGAAGAACGUUCUAUGGACAGAUGAUUCAAAAGUAUAACUUUUUGGACGACAUGGUUCCAGUAAUGCCUGGCUAAAACCAAACUCUGCAUUCCACAGUAAGAACAUCAUACCAAAGGUCAAGCAUGGUGGUGGUGGUGUGAUGGUUUGGGGAUGCUUUGCUGCCUCAGGACCUGGACGACUUGCCUUAAUAGAAUGAACCAUGAAUUCUGCUCUGUAUCAGAGAAUUCUACAGGAGAAUGUCAGACCAUCCGUCUGUGAGCUGAAGCUGAAGCGCAGCUGGGUCAUGCAGCAAGACAAUGAUCCAAAACACACAAUCAAGUCUACAUGAAAAUUGCUAAAAAGCAACAAAUUGGAAGUUUUGGAAUGGCCUAGUCAAAAUCCAGACCUAAUCCCAAUUGAGAUCUUGUGGCAGGACUUGAAACGAGCAGUUCAUGCUUGAAAACCCACACGUCACUGAGAUAAAGCAGUUCUGCAUGUAAGAGUGGGCCAAAAUUCCUCCACAGCGACGUGAGAGACUGAUCAACAACUACAGGACGCAUUUGGUUGGAGUCAUUGCAGCUAAAGGUGGCACAACCAGUUAUUGAGUGUAAGGGGGCAAUUACUUUUUCACACAGGGAAAUUGGGUGUUGCAUAACUUUGUUUAUGAAAUAAAUGAAAUAAAUAUGUAAUUGUUGUGUUAUUUGUUCACUUAUGUUCCCUUUAUCUAAUGUUAGGUUUUGGUUGAAGAUCUGAUAACAUUCAGUAUCACAAAUAUGCAAAAGUAGAGAAAAUUAGAAAGGGGGCAAAUACUUUUUCUUAGCACUGUAUAUACUUAUUUUUUUCGGAACUGAGUUGGGGUCUCAACUUACUGUUGAGAGUUAGAAUAGUAGAAUACACAAGGUGCACAAGGGCAACAACAUGUUGCUUAGGGCCCCCAAAAGGCUAGGGCCGGCUCUGACUGUAUGCAUGGGUAUGGAUGUGGAUACGCACUAUGCAGACCCACGAGCCACUGCGGCCCCUCAUGAUUCAUUUUUUUGUGGCUCCCACCCCAUCAAAGUUGCCCAUCCCUGCAUUAAAGCCAAUUAUCUCCUGUGAAUUUCCACAACCCCUUUUCAUUCCCCCGCAUAGCACCCACCCAUGUGUUCUAACAAUCUGUGCUGCAUAGUGGAGUAGCACGCCCCGGGUAGUGAAAAAACCUGCUCCUGUGAAGCACAUCUUUUAUUGAUGACACACAGGAAGUCCUUGGUAAUGUCCUCUAAAUGGUAGCCAGGAAUUGGACUGUACUUGGUGGCCAAUCACCACGUUCAUCACGACGCAGUGAUGUCAUGUCACUCAGCAACAGUCAUGUCAAUCUCUUCCUGUCCACGGCUUUGGACUAGUUGGCAUCUCUUCAGUGAGAGCUGUCUGUCUGUCUUUGGGGACGCCCGUAAUUAUUUAUGUAUAGUGCAUGGGGAAAGUAUUAAGUACAAUUAUUUUAUAAUAAUGUAUAAUAAUGUAUUUAUUUAUUUUUCCCCCAAUCAAUCAAUCAAUCAAUCUAUCAAUCUACAGAUCCAUUGUAUAUUUGUUGUCUGAGCAGUAUUAUGUAUUGGAAUCCUGGCUGCAGAAUUUUCCUACGACGACAAUAAAGUUUUAAUUGAAUUGAAUUGUCUGUCUAUCUCAGCGGCACCCAAGUUUACCAAGAUCCCCGGGGACCAGAUUGGGGUAUCGGGGGGCGUGGCCUCGUUCGUGUGCCAAGCGUCAGGUGACCCCAAGCCCAUGGUCAACUGGAACAAGAAGGGCAAGAAGGUCAACUCCCAACGCAUAGAGGUGAGUUAACGCUAUACUCCCAACGCAUAGAGGGGAGUUAACACUAUAUUCCCAACACACAGAGGUGAGUUAACUCUAUACUCCCAGCACAUAGAGGUGAGUUAACGCUAUACUCCCAACGCAUAGAGGGGAGUUAACACUAUAUUCCCAACACACAGAGGUGAGUUAACUCUAUACUCCCAGCACAUAGAGGUGAGUUAACACUAUACUCCCAACGCAUAGAGGGGAGUUAACUCUAUACUCCCAACACAUGGAGGUGUGAGUUACCACUUGUCAAUCCAUAUUGACUGGACCAGCUCUUCUCUCCAGGUUCUCCCCCAGAAUACUAGCUAUUUCCUUUGGUUCCCAAUUCUCCUUUUUGGUCCUUCCUGGUCCUGCCUGGUUAAUCACCUGGUUUCUGGUGCUUCCUGGUUAUUUUUACAAGUUUCUCUCUCCUCUUAUUUUCCUCCUCAUUCCCAACUGUUUCUCUACUGGCUGUUUCCUGACUGUUUCUCUACUGGCUGUUUCCUGACUGUUUCUCCACUGGCUGUUUCCUGACUGUUUCUCUACUGGCUGUUUCCUGACUGUUUCUCUACUGGCUGUUUCCUGACUGGUUCUCUACUGCUGUUCUCUACUGGCUGUUCCUGACUGUUUCUCCACUGGCUGUUUCCUGACUGUUUCUCUACUGGCUGUUUCCUGACUGGUUCUCUACUGGCUGUUUCCUGACUGUUUCUCCACUGGCUGUUUCCUGACUGUUUCUCUUCUGGCUGUUUCCUGACUGGUUCUCUACUGGCUGUUUCCUGACUGGUUCUCCACUGGCUGUUUCCUGACUGGUUCUAUACUGGCUGUUUCCUGACUGGUUCUCUACUGGCUAUUUCCUGACUGGUUCUCCACUGGCUGUUUCCUGACUGUUUCUCUACUGGCUGUUUCCUGACUGUUCCCUAUCUGUUCCUCUCCCCUAGACGAUAGAGUUUGAUGAUGGAGCGGGGGCCGUGCUGAGGAUCCAGCCUCUCAGGGCCCCCCGAGAUGAGAACGUCUAUGAGUGUGUAGCCCGCAACAGUGAGGGAGAUGUGGCCACCACUGCCAAGCUGGCCAUCAUACGGGGUGAGUGUGUAUCUGUGUGCAUGCAUGUGUGAGUGUGUGUGUAUGUGUGACUGAGUUCCUCUUCUUCUUCAUGAUCAUCUUCAUUAAUACUGUCCAUUUUAAGCACACACAUCUUGCACACACACACACACACACACACACACACACACACACACACAGCUGCCCACAGUCUCUCCCGUAACAAACACUGUGCUUACACACCCUUCUAUAACAGGAAAGAAGCAGCUGUUCUUUUUAAGUCUGAGAGUUAGCAUGAGCUAGUGUUGUUUAGCUGUGUUGAGGGCCAGUUAGCUGGUGUGCGUGCGAUUUAGACUACAUCUUCUUUCUCAUAAUCACUUCAUUCGUUCGCUUCUCAGAUGGAGAUGGUGUGAGUCUAAUGUAGCCGGUCCCCUCAGUGCUAAGCUAAUCUAAUGUACUCUCUAUAGUGCUAAGCGCUAGGCUAGCUGUUGGCUGGGUUUGGCUGUACGCCUAGGAGCUGUGGACUGGGCCUCGGCCCAACACAGGAGAGAGGGACGGACAGAGGGAGAGAGAGAGAGAGAGAUGGAGGGAUGGCAUAACCACUCCUUUUCACAUAGGAAAACAGAGGAUUAGGACUGCGCUUGGACUGGGACCCAGUUCUGCAGGAUGGAAGAGGAGGAAGAGAGGGAUGGAGGGAUGGAGGGAUUGAGGGAGGCAUACACAGCAGGAUGUGGGGAGGAGAGAGACGGGGGGGGUAUGGGGAAAGAUGGAGUGGUGGAUGAGGGGGAGGAGGGGUGGCACAGCUGGAGUGGGGAUGGAGAGUAG